AUGACCGAGGAACCUAGCACCGCACUUUAUCGUGCCUCAGUAUCGGAGCCUCUCUUUUCCCCCUCCUUCUUCAGUUCUCCUAUCGCUACUCUUACAUCUUCUGUGGACGAAGACUCCGUGAUCAUCUCAGUUCAUGACCUUCAAGACGCCUAUCACACCCUGUUGUCGAGACUACAAGCUGUCGAGCCGUUGCUCAUCGUUAAUGAACAAUCAUACCCUUCACUAAAUGCAUGGAGCUCGAUGGCUGGGACGCUCGCACGAUGUUUCCAACGCGAUAUAAAGCGGAAUAUAGUCGACCGGCUCAAACCCCACGGCGAGAGCUUCGCUUCGAUCCUCCAUCCGGAACCUUCUGAGCUUCCCGAAGAGCGCCUAUUUGUGGCUCAAGACGAGGCGUUGGUGGCCCAGCUCGCCACAAAGUUGGCUUCUACGGUUCUCAAGACGCCAGCUGUUAGUCGCUACUUUUCGGACACUUCGUUACACAAUCUUCUAAGUGGGAUCCUAGAAGUUGCCCAACCUUCAUGUGGAGAUGGCGAAAAGAAUGUCGCACUUGCAACAUCGGUACUCUCGAGCCUACAGCUCCCAAUUGCCCCUAUUAUCUAUGCACAGGGGGAGAUCGUCAAGUGGUUGGCCGAUGCUGCGAGUAGUUCGACGCUGACUUCGGGACACCUGGAUGUUUUCGUGCACCUCUGGGUCACGUACCCCUCCACCUUCUUAUCACACUCCUCCGACAUCCUCGCGGGUGUUCUCACGGCGUUAAUCUCCACGGAAGAAGCGACACGGAACGCGGCGGCGUCAGCACUGUCCGCAUUUACCUUCGCGAUCCUGUUUACAGAUACCUCCGACCGCGACAUUCUUAGCGCAGCGUCUCUUGGCGUACGACAGUUUCUCGCUCGGCAACUCCCAUCCGGUGAGCUACCAAGCUUGGUCACGGCUGCAUUGCAGGAAGAUGCCUCGAAAACAACCAUCCCUUCUCGUUGGGCGACAAUGAUCGCAUGUAGCAUCAUCCUGAUAAGCGGCCCCGAUCUAUUCCAGGGAAGUAGAUCCUGCAAGUUUAUCAUCCAUAUCGCCGAACGCUUGGUGAAGUCGAACACUCGCCUCGGGAGCGAGCUCACGACUUGCCUGUGGAGAUGUCUGAUCUGGGCUUGGACACGAAUACCUCGCAUCUCUGACCAAACGACCAAACGAAGAACAGCUGGGCUCGGGAUCCUCAGGCAAGAGCUUCGGUAUAGCAUCGGAGCACAUCUUGUGGCCACGCUCCUACUCCUCUCUUCGGACGUCCCCGCUUCAUCUAUGUCUACGCCGACUGUAUCUGAGCUAUCCAGCGCACUCGUGGUGCUCAAAGAUAUGUCCACUCACCUUUCCAAGACGGUCUAUCAACACGUCCCGUUGAUUCUAACACAGCUAGUGAGCGUCAUUGGAGGGUCCUCACCGGCCACCUCCAGCAACGGCGCUUCACGAACGUGGAGUCUUUCUUCACUUCCUGUGAAGGUGCUGUUCAAUCGGGAGACUUUGACGGCAGAUGCGAUCACGUUUACUUCAAAUAUCCGUGCAGAAAACCGGUUCGACGCGAUCACAGCGAUCUCCCCUCUCCCCGAAGAAUGCAUUCAGCAACAUUGGACCGAGAUCCUCGACAUCUGGAAGGCGUGCGCAUUCAGAGAGCUCGCACGGCCUGACUUCGUCGCUUUGCAGGGCUCCCUCGUACAAGUUUGGCAAGCGCUUCUUCUCGUUCAGACGCAUCUCACCCAAGAGCGCCGUCAUUUGACGUCCACUCCGCACUUCUCGGACGUCGCCGUAUCCACUGUCGCCGCAUUCUUCUCGUGGACGCCGAGCAAUAGCGUUCACAGCGUUCCAGAAACUGACACCCACGCAAGAGUCCUCACGCUUUGCUCUCAGUUAUGGGACACGAUGCGAUAUGUCUUCAGCGAAGCAUGGCUUGCCGUCGCAGCGGACUCCCUCCUAACGCAGUUCCUCCUCCACGACUUCCGCCUGAACGACGAAGACAUCAAGACCAUCUGGGGCUCCUUUUGUGCCUCAUUGGUCGCCACGAGUUCUACGGAUCUUAUCUCGCAAUUGGUUCUCGAAGAUGGGGCGAAGCGAGAAGAAGUCAUCAGGCAGCAGCUGUGGUCGCUGAAGGCUCGCGGACUUGCCUCGUCCACGGACUCUCAGCCGACCUGGGAAAUGUACGUCGACUUUUUAGCAUCGCCCAUGCAAGACUGGCUGAUGUCCGACGAAGACACGACUGCGUGGAAUGUCCUUCUUGACCGCGUGCUCUCGCAUGCGGAGUCUAGAAGAGAACCUUCUCUGACCACUCUCGACGCACUCAUGGAACGGAGCAGCAGCAGGACGAGUACCGCUAGUCUGUUCGGAAGCUCUUCAACGCUCUUGCGUCUUCUUCCACGGGCGACGCUCUCAAAUGAACUCGCCAAGCCAUCACCUUUUUUGCGCGCCGUGAACACCGCCCUGUGUGACCUGUACGCGGGAGGCACGGUCAGUGUACCGGAGGCCACCCAGGUUUUCGGUAAUAUUCGGUGUAUAUUGCAAGCCUCCUCUCCAAGCGCUGCCUAUUUACUCUUAACAUCCAUGGUGGAGGGCCUCUCUACAUGGAUCCGCGAUGAACACGGCUUGCUGCUCGAACAAGAGCACAACGAAAUUGUAACCACUUUAUACUACGACGCGCUCAUCGCGCUGCGCGAUAUACCCAUGUCCGAAGAUACCCUUCACGCCCUGGCACCUUUUCUCUGCUCUGUAUUUGUACGCAUACCUGAACAGGCCCUCGGACCCGAAGCCUUUUUCCACUUUUGGGAGCAUAUUCAGCCGUCUGUAGCCCACUUCGCCGGCGCAUAUCCGGACGAGGUCAAAACGGUGCUCAAGGCUUAUCACGACGCCAAUGGGCCCUCGGGAACCUCCACUUCCGCCACAUCGCAGGGUCCAGCGGACCUCUCACCUCCCACAAUCUCCGUCAUCCCCACCACAGCACUGCCCCCGAGCGCGCAGCGUCCCGACGCGGCCUCGCGGCCCUCCCGUCCUCCUCCCACCAUCUCCGCGCCAACGUACAGCCCGCCGUCGUACACCCCCGCGCAGCGUCCCGAAGACCACCUUUCUGGCCUGCGCACUAGCCCCACGAGCACCGUCGGGAUCUCAUCGGACGCCGCUCGGAAGCGGCGGGACACGGCCACGUCAGCGUCUGUCAGCGCGUCCACCAGGUCGAUGGCCGGCCCCCCAAGAGCCUCGCGCUCAAGCGCUCACCGUGUCGCGCACGAGCGCCCGCAUACGACGCCGGAGCGGCCGCUCAAACGGACGAAGCUUACGUCCGGGUCGCCCGCUCUUUCUUCCCCGAGGUCGGGGCGGGGCAGAGGCGCCUCGCGCGGCCGUUCGCCGACGGGCGCGAGGUGGCUUUUCGACGGCGUGGAGAUCCCGGCGCGCUCGCGCGGGGGCAGCCGGACGCCGUCUGCUAGCACUGCGUCGACUCCGAGACCCCGCGCGGAAGGACGGCGCUCAGCAGGUUUACGGACAAGCCCUGAAGCACCUUCGCUCGGCGUCGUCACCCGCACGCACGCUAGAGCCUUUGUACCCCCUUCGGACGACUACGACGCAUGGGAAGUGCCGAUGCAUCCGAGCGAAGACGAGGAUCCAGAUCACGACGAGGGAGAGGAAGAA